GCCUUUACCCAGAAAGCCACGGCAUCGUCGGCAACUACAUCUUCGACGACGCCCGGAACGCGAGCUUCGACCUGAACGACCUGGAGUCGACGAAGGACCCGCUGUGGUGGCGCGACGCGGAGCCCGUUUGGAUCACGGCCACGAAGGCCAAGAUGGACGCCGCGCUCUUCCUCUGGUCCAGCUGUGAUGUUCCUUGGGAAGGGAACGUUCUGCCGAAGUACUGCACUCCGUAUGAACCCGUUGCAGAUGCCUAUCAAGUGUUGCAGAAGAACCUCAAUCUGGGCGUCGAGAUGAUCCAACUGGAGGGAUACAAGCUUGUUAUGGUGUAUGUCGAGCUGAUCGACAUGGCUGGGCAUCGCUACGGGCCCGAGUCCAGCGAGGUUGAACAAGCAAUCGGGGAUGUUGAUUCCGCCAUAAGGAGUCUGUGGGAGAUCUUGGCUGACAGAAACAUGCUUAAUACGACGAACGUGAUUAUCGUGAGCGACCACGGCAUGACGAAGGCUACCCAGGACGACGUGACCUGGUUGGACGUCGCGCCGUGCCUGGACAGUUCGAAAAUAGUGAAGACCACAGGCCGUGUGGGUUAUAUCAACGUUCUUCCUGUAAAGGGCUACACGGACCAGGUGGAGGAUGCGCUGCAACACUGCCCAGGCGUGUCUGAGAACGUCGAAAUAGUUAGGAAAGAGAACAUGAAGGAACGUUACCACUACAAGGACCACCGACUCAUCCACGACCUCAUUGUUAUGCCUAAGGAAGGCUACGCCCUCAAGAGUCCCGAAGCCAACUACUCCCUGCCCGAGCAAGAAUCCGACAGCAUAGGCCACCACGGCUUCGACAACACCGUCGACGAGAUGCCGGACAUGAGGGGCAUUCUGUUCGCCGCAGGACCGUCCUUCACCUCGGGGCACGAAUCGGAGCCGGUGAGCCAGGUGGACGUGUACCCCCUGUUGUGCCAAGCCCUCCAGCUACAGUGCCACCCUAACAACGGCUCCUUGGAACGCGUUGCUGACUUCUUCUCCCUGAGGACCCUCACCUCCAGCGCCUCCUCCGUUAGGUGUUGUUUCCUUCUCAGGGUGUUCCUCAUAGGCCUAGGUCUUGUGAUGUGGGUCGGCGGCGGAGUAUAGGUGUAAGGGUGUAGGGAUAAGGGUGAGGGUUGCUGAUAAGGGUGAGGGUUGUUGAUAAGGGUGAGGGUUGUUGAUAAGGGUGAGGACUGCAGAUAAGGGUGAGGAUUGCAGAUAAGGGUGAGGAUUGCAGAUAAGGGUGAGGAUUGCAGAUAAGGGUCAGCAUUGGAUGAUUAGGGAUAAGGAUGAUGAAUAUUGAAGAAAAAGAGCCAAGGAUGAGUGAAGAUUAAGCGAGCCGAGACGGAGGUCCAAAUAGGGUGGGUUUUAAAGGUCCUUAAAGGUGGGCCGAAACGGAGCUGAAGGGCAGCUGUGUCAGAGGAUCUAAUAAUGUCAACGUGUCCGAGUUAAAGGAAUUAGAAUAUUUUAUAAUUUUCGAUAUUCUGUUGCUGUUGUUGUUGAUUUUUAGUUUUUGUUUUUCACUUCGAUUGGAUUCUUUUAAUGAAGCAACAUUGCUGUAGUAGUGAGAGCAGUAGCGAUAGUUGUUCGCACAACGCACGGUGAGCUUUGCCCAAGUUGAACACACAAUAGUUCAUUUGAUUCGCAAUAUAUUCCACACGUUUGUGUAAAUAUUCCGUCCAGGAACGUUUUCUUUCAGCUCUCUGCACUGCAUGCAUUCUUCUGUUAAAUACUUGUAAACGUUUCUGUUAUUUCCCAGAUUUGUUGACUUAGUGAUAGUGCUUCCUAGUUCUAUGGCCACGUGUCGAUUUGUAAAUACCAUUGUCUCUAUACAUGGUUUUAAGCAAAACGAAUUUCUUGCUUAUUACAAAGCCAAUAUAGGUGUUUAUGUAAUAACCAUUUAAGUAAAACGAUAAAAAAGUCAGAAAUAGACUUAACACUUGCGCAUAGGUGGCAAUUCGUGACUUACCAAUUAUCGAUUUAUGAUCAUGACACAUUUUCUCUGAUUAUUAUAGAACUUAUACACUGUAGUGGUUCGAAAUCGUCAGUUGGGUGAUAUAUCAUGUAUCCAAAAUACAGCUUGAUAUGGACACGUCUAGUUUUUUUCUUGUCCUAUUCAUAUCUGGCACAAAUAAAUCUCUCGGUUG